UCCAGAUUCUCUCUCUCUCUCUCUCUCUCUCUCUCUCUCUCUCAGCAGUUUGUUUUCAAGAAAGGAGGAGAGAUGGGUAUGGUUGUGGUGAUCUCACUGCCAUUGAUUCUCUUCUCAAUACUGCUUGGUUUUGGGUGUUAUUUUCUGGGUAGAGCCAAAGGAAGAAAAGAAGCCUACAACCAUGCUCAAGUUUUUGGGGUACCAACACCACCGCCUGGUAGCACCGGUACUGCUUCACCCCCUCCAACCCAUUUCAAGCUAGACAACUCCACCAUUGUUUAAUCACCCGACACACAAACCCAAAAAAAAAAAAUCUGUUAAUUUAUUGAUUUGUUAUGUAGAGUACAUCUUGUUCUUUCCAGCGGAACUUUGUGCACUAAGUCAUCUUUGUAUUGGGUUGUUUGUUUGUUUGAUGAUAGUAAAAAAGCCCAAUUGGUGUGGGCAUACAUUGGUUUGAUGGAAAUUGGUUGCAUGAUGAAAUGAAAUAAUGAGAUUGUUAUAAAGUUA